CUGAAGUUUUUCGUUUGAUGGCGCGCGCUUCACCAUGUCACCAUGCGACGCCUCACAACCAAGAAGUAGCAUUUGAUGCCACAUCAAAAUCGUAGAAAAUAAUCCGAAAUUUGCGAAGAAACUUUAAAGUGAGAUUAAAAUCUUUCUACUCGCGCCGAUUCCUGGUGCCUUGCUUCAAUCUUAUAACGCGGAUUCGACGCCACUGUUGACAUACAAUUGACAUUCAAUUCGCACCCAGAAAGCAUUGCAGAUCUGAAGUGAAAAGACCAUUUUUGGUAAUGAAGAAAUCCGAUAAGGGCGGACGGCUGCAUGGAGGGMACCGAAAAAAGCAUCAUCAGCAGAGACAUGCGAAACCAGGUUUUUCGCAGAAGCACUCAAUGCCCUCUGUGCCCUCGUCAAAGCGGCAAAAAGUAGACCAGGUUGACCAUUCGGACAAGAAAAAGAAAAAGCCUCGGGGACCCCCAUCCGAAGAAGUUCUGAAGCUGUCAGACCAAUUGAAAAAAUUAUCCCGUGAAAAGAAGCUAGACGAGGCACUCGCGGUCUUCUGGGAUAGUUCGAACAGCAAGAUCCGAGAUGGUCAUCAUGCCUGUAUUAUGGUCGAUAUGUCAGCACGAUGCGGGAAAAUUUCGGUGCGUCAUUUCACGUUACUUGCGACGAUGAAUCUCUACACCUACCAAAUUAUUUGUUUUAUUAUUCCAGUGAGAUAAUUGRUCUGACAAUUUUUCAYCGACUCACCCCUCAAAUCCACCUCGUUGCUGAUACUUUUGAAAAGGUGGGAGAGAACCUAUUGGAAAAGGUAACAAAAGAAGGGAUGCAUAUUAGUGUUGAAACCAAAACAGCGUUGUUAAAAGUAAGUGAUGAGAAAGAAAUUAGAAGAAAUAAAUGGCUAAAAUCAUCGGAAUUUCUCACGACGGAGAUUCUAUUAACUUUUUUCUUGUUCAGGGGAUCUGUCACUCAGGAGAUAUAGCUAAAGCACACAAACUGUUUUCUUCGAUGUGUCUGUCCAAAGGUAAGAUAACUUUUUGACAUUUGACGUUGCCUUCGGCUAAAUUAUUCUGGAUUCGGAAAUGAUAACCUAAGUAUGCCUCUUUUUCCUAUUCGUUCUCGUCACGAAACGAAACAAAACAAAACAAAACGAAAGCAAAGAGCAAUUAUCCAAACGUUAGAACUCUGAAUACGCUUCUAAGAGGCUGCCUAUGGUCUGCUGUUACCACUAGUAAAGAAGGCACUAUAAUUGGUGGGGUAGUGACUGCAAAGACAGCUUGGGAAAAAUACAAGAGCUUGGACUUGGGCGAUCAAUCUAGCGCUCGGACGUUACCUUUCGAUGUAUCCUCGUUCGAGUAUUACAUCACUUUAUUAUGCCAAGCUUUACGAAUUAAUGAUGCGACAACGGUUGUUUCGGAAAUGAAAAUGGUUUUUGGCUUAUCGGAAGACAAAGAAGGAACUGUAUCUAGCGACGACCAAAGCCUCACUGAAGGCCUGGCGAUGGCGUAUUGUGCACUUGCUCGUGCAUAUACMAUUUUGAAUCAGAAGGAAGAAGCGGUGGAUGCAUGCAAMACAUCUCUAACUUAUGCAAAGGCAUCGAAGGAUGCUUUGAAAAGAGAUAGUUCCUUUUCGAGUAAGUAAUUCUGACCAUUGUUUGCCCUGAGGUCGCUGCUCUUUGUUGAUCGAUAGUCAGAUCUCACAUCUUCCCUGCCGGUUUGCAAUCUACUCGACAGGAAAACGGAGUUGGAAAGAAACCGAGAAAAGAGAAAAUGAUCGUCGAACAGAAUCCAACACUAUUUAUCGCAAUCAUCGCUUAUCGGAGGUUGAAAACGAAGCGAAAACUAUGUUAAAUAUUUGGCACGAUGUUGAUAUCGAUGGAAUAGAUAGUAAAAUUCUAUCGCGUGGAUUAGCGAGRCGUUUGAUUACUCGAUUAAUAUUUUUGUCAGGUGGCGGAACAACYGAUGCGCAAAACAAUUCUUCCGAAUCUAUUGAUAWAAAAGAUAAGGCAAAGAAAGAUCUAUCCAAAGAGGUGCAAAGAGAUCUGUURAAUUCUCUUUAUUAUAGUUACGGGCUUGCUCCGACUACGGUAAGSUUGGGAAUUUCUAUGGAUGAWAAUAUUCAAAUUUUGAAGAAAAAAGACUGCAAYAGAAUACUGGGAAGUGUUGGUUUGCAGGGUGGAAUUCUGAAAUCUGAUGGGACUCUCGACCUUCAUCGAAUAUUUUCAGCUGGYAUUGGCGUUUCAAAGCCCCAGAAGAAGCGAAAAAACAAAUCACGAAAAGUUGAAAUAGAACUCGGAGCUGGCUUUGGAGACUGGAUAGUGCGGAAGGCAAUCCAAGAYCCUUCAACGGAUUUUCUGGCUGUAGAACUCCGUGCMGAUAGAGUGGCACAAAUUUUUGCGAGAACCGCAGUUCUCAGCUCUGUCAAGCCUGUGGAUAAUCUUUGUGUGGUUGGCGCUGACAGUGGAAACUUGCUUUCGAAUCACAUAUCUGAUGAGUCCAUUGAUACAAUCUACGUAAACCACCCCGAGCCACCGACCCAAACAUUUGGUGCCGAAAAUGCAAAUCUYGUCUCAAUCAUGGAAGGUGGCCAGGAACCAGCUCAUAUGUUGAGUUCUACCGUGAUAAUUGCAGCAGCAAAAGCAUUGAAAAGAAAAUCUACUAGUAGAUUCGUGAUCGUAACUGACAACUACUGGUACGGAAGACUGAUAUGUGCAACGAUUGAAAAGGUCAUGCGCCAGAACUCCCAUCUCUUGUGUGCUAUGGAUCUGGCUAAGGUCGAUAACAAAGAUUCCUUCGUGAAAGUUGAAAUCGAUGCCGAAGGAAGCCAAGGUUCAGUAUUGAUGUUCGAAGGGAAACCAAAUGAAAGCAUUGGCUAUCCUUCCAGGUCAACAGAAGAAGGUGAAAGCUAUUUUGAUCGACUGUGGCGAGCUGGUGCUGGACGGCACGCCGAAACACAUGCACGCUAUAUUAUUGUUAUGAGCCCUAAUUGCAGCUAAAAUGRAGGUUUAAAAAGUGGAGAGAUCCAAUGCAAUACGUACUUCAUCAAUUUGUCUUCAUCUAGAUUACAAUCACAAA